CCGCAGAGAGCCCAUAGCGCAAAGCCAGUGCGUCGGCACAGUCAACACAGUGCCUCGCAGUGUGAUGCUCAUGCUCCGUGUUGUUUUGUGUAACUAGUGCGGCGUGCGUUCGCAUCCAACAUGCACGAUGCAUUGUGAUAACUGAUAAACGGUGCCAAAAACGGUUGAGUGUGUGACGUGUGUUUAUAUACAAUAUCAUCAUCGAAAGAUCGGCGCCGAUUCUGUUGAUACAAUUGCACACAUUGCCAAGCAACGAAGUGUGCCUCCCGCAAAUAAUAUCUGCUGCGAUUGUUGUCUGUGGCACCGAUUAAGUUCGCGCAUUUGGUUUGCAUAAGAUGGGGUUGGAGGUAUUCGAUUCGUUCGACUACCUCGAAGAAGAGGACUUUUACGACUCCAAUGUGCCGACGAAAAUGGAAGUGAGCAACCCGAGCGAUGGCAACAAGCGGCGAGUGACAUUCGCCAGCAAGCUAUCAUACUUUGAAAAGUGCGAGGAUCAGCACGUGGAUGCGAUGGUCAUCCUCAAGCAGGAAGUGCAGGACGAGAAUGAGGAAGCCCUAGUGCCGAAAUCAGUCCAUACCGGAUCCAUUCAGAAAGUGCCUUCGAUCAGCGAUUUAUCCGAUCCGGAAGCUUCUCUUGAUAUUCCGACGCAGGUGCCUCCGCUCACGCCUGGCACGAACAAAACGAUGACAGAGGCGCUCAAAGCGUCUUUUGCGUCUUGGGAAAAGGAACAGAUUCGACUCAAUAUUACCAAAGAUCCACGAAACUGGUCGGAAAGUCACGUCGCCCACUGGCUGCAAUGGGCGUCUAAGGAGUUCUCGCUGGAAGGCAUCGCCCUGCACCAGUUUCACAUGAAGGGCAAGGAUAUUUGUGCAAUGGGCAAGGAUGCAUUUCAAGCGAGAGCGCCUGCCUUUGUCGGUGACAUCCUCUGGGAGCAUUUGGAAAUUCUACAAAAAGAUGUGGAGCGAGAGCGUUUCCUGGCGCAAUCGAACCAGAGCAUUUUCGAGUCGAUGAGUGUUCCGGACCUGACCUACCUGGACCACUACAGUUCCACGGGAGUUAUGGCUGGUAUUGACAGGAAGCCCAUCAUACCUCCUGCGCCUGCGCACACGCCCACACCAUCUACACCUGCGCCGAAUAACAAUAACUUCAUGGAGGGUGGUUAUGGAAUGCGCAGUCCAGCAUGCCCACCCACAGAAGAGAUCCGCGAUGACGGAUCGCCGCCCCCGGGUCCGCCGCAAGGAUUCCCACAUCUCCAAAGAAGCCCCAUCUUCCAUCACCUGAAAGAAGGCUACAAAACCACCUGCCCGCUGCCCGAAACGAAUAGCUACGGCAUAGACAGUCUGCAAUCGUUAAACAACGACGAGCAGAACGCGUUCAUGACGAACAACACUCACUACUCACCCGAGGAGCACGAGUACCAGAAUCUGGAACAAGGGCAUCAGCCGCAGUUCAUGGAAAACUCACCGGAAUUCUAUCCGACGAGCAACAACCCGCUGGAAACAAAGUUUAAUCCGUACAAAAAUUAUGUUAGAGGUACUCGUUAUAAUGAUGUAUAUAGUGAUAAUUACGGCGAUGCGUACGGCGCGCCCUUCCAGACGGUCCCCAGUGGGCCACCGAAUGACCAGUGGACGCAUGGACACGAUAUGGGUAACCUCGGCCACGUGCGUUCGCACCCGCCCUUCAUGCCGCCGGGGAUGUCGGUGCGUGAUCCCCUCGGUCAAGAUACCAAACCCAUGAUGCAGAACGGCAUGAUGGGCGGUUAUAGUAAUAAUAGUGCAACGGGCGGACCCUGCUUCACUGGCUCGGGCCCAAUCCAACUGUGGCAAUUCUUAUUGGAACUGCUCACGGACAAAACGUGUCAGCCUUUUAUAUCUUGGACGGGCGACGGUUGGGAGUUCAAACUCACCGACCCUGACGAAGUCGCGCGGCGUUGGGGUGUGCGCAAAAACAAACCCAAGAUGAACUACGAGAAGUUGUCGAGGGGGCUGCGGUAUUACUACGACAAAAAUAUUAUCCAUAAGACUGCUGGCAAGCGUUACGUCUAUCGUUUCGUGUGCGACUUGCAGACAUUACUUGGAUAUACUCCAGAGGAACUGCACGCAAUGGUAGAUCUCAAACCCGAAAAGAAGGAGGACGACUGAUGCAUAUCAAACUCUCUACUCUCAUCGCUGUAAAGUGCGCAAACAGAUCCAGCAUGGACGAAGGUGCCUAUUUCAAGCCAGCGCCGCCUUGACGCUGGACCAGUCCUACUCGUACCCGGCAAGACUGCUUUGCAAACGUAACUACAAAUCAUUUUGUUCAACACACAUAGACUCAUGUUCAAGUUUAUUACUAUUAGUGAAAUGAAUCAAAGUAAAAGAAUGAUGAUCGAGAAUCGUGCGCGCAUGCAACAAGAGCAAUUUUCAAAUCGUUUUCGUGUUUAGACAAUUGAUAAUUAUUAGAAGUAUCAACUUAAUUAAAUAAGUUUGUUAGUUGUGAUGUUAUCAUUAAUUAAAUUGUUUUUGUAAGGUAUAUUGACGAAGAAGGAAAAAGAAUGGAGGCAAAGACGCGUGAAAUUUAUGCUCUCUGGCUGUUUUGCCGUUCUAUAUAAAAUAUUUAUUAAUAAGCACCGAGGGUAAUAUCAAAUUACAUCUAUAUAAAAUAAUAUAUCAAUAAUAUUUGUGAUAAGCCUUAAAUCAGAUAGUGUAUGUUUAUAUUUGAACUACUACUGAGGGGUUGAAUGUUCAAUGAAGUUGAUUCGAUUUGUCCGUGAAGCAAACACGCGCCCCACACCCCUGAUUGUUACGUAUUUUUAUACUGCUAAAUUUUCUGUUCGACGAGAUGCAUUUUAGCCAAAUUUGGAACGGACGUCUUCAACUGUAUCUGAUUCAAAGAUCAAACACCACCGCAUGCAGUGCUUGUGCAUUUUACUUAAUUCGAUAAUAUAGCUCAAAGACUAUAUUAGUGUAUUUUUUAACGAGAGCUAAAACAAAUGGAGCCGUUUAUGUUUUGCGCGUUGAUGCGCGGACCAACGCACAACACAACCACAAUGAUCCGGAUACGAAAUUGUUUAUAUUUAUUCAAAUAAAUAUUUGGUGAAACCAAAUUUUUGCGUUGAUCUGUUCCACGUCAAUGUGAUUUAUCAAAUGCGACGUUUUGUUUGUGUUAGCUCUUCUCUCCACUGUGGCUCUUUCAUGAUAAAUUGUUUCCAUGUAAUACAUUGUGCGAAGUUUUACUACUUCGAUAAUCUUAUUUGGUCUCAUUUGAAUAAUAAAAAAAAAACAAAGAUAAUUAAAUAUGCUUAUUCAUAAGUUAUUCAUAGCAUUGGAUAGAGCUUAAUGCUCCUGUUUAAAGGAGACUCUGUAUUUAUUCAAUGUGUAUAAAUAUUAAUUAAAAACAAAUAUUAUGUAAA